AUGUCCACUACAGAAGAACCCACAGUGGCUGUGCCAGUGGCGGAGGAGCCUAAGAAGACGGAGGAAGCCGUAGCCAACGGUGAUGCUGGUGGCGCGGCCGAAUCAGCGGCCAAGAAGAAGCGCAACAGGAGGAAGAAAAAGAAGGCCGCUGCCGGCGGUGGUGCCAACGCUCCCGGGGAAGAAGAGGAGGAAGGUGAGGAUGGAGGCGAGGAGGCACCUGCAGCCUCCGCUGCGUCUGAAGAUGCUGCCCCCGCGGCGGGAGCGGGAGGAGCGAAAAAGAAGAAGAAGAAGAAGAGCAAGGCCGGUGGUGCCGGAGGCGCAGUGCAGCAGCAGCAGCAGGGCGGUCAGCCUAAGAAGCAGCAGAAGAAGGGCACCAGCAACCCCAACCACAUCCGAGUGCUUGGCGACUGGGGCGCGGACUACCCCUACGGCCAGACCUCGCCGCCCUCCAAGCCUGUCGUCACGCUCUUCCCCAACGGCGACUACCCCACCGGUGAGAUCAUGGACUAUCACCAGGACUUCAACACGUGGCGUACGACGUCGGCCGAGAAGCGCGAGUUGGACAGGCUCACGACGGACGUGUACCGAGAGGCGCGGCUUGCCGCCGAGGUGCAUCGGCAGGUGCGGCAAUACGCCGAGGGCAUCAUCAAGCCCGGUGCGCGGUUGAUUGACAUCUGCGAACAGCUCGAGAACAUGAACCGCAAGCUCGUCAAGGAAAACGGUCUGCAGGCGGGCAUCGCCUUCCCGACCGGUUGCUCGCUCAACUACGUGGCGGCUCACUACACGCCCAACAAUGGCGAUUUCACGGUGCUGGGCUACGACGACGUGAUGAAGAUCGACUUUGGCACGCACAUCAACGGGCGCAUCAUCGACUGCGCCUUCACGGUGGCGUUCAACCCCAAGUUCGACCCGCUCCUCCAGACCGUCAAGGACGCCACAGAGGCCGGCAUCAAGGCCGCGGGCGCCGACGUGCGACUGUGCGACGUGGGCGCAGCCGUGCAGGAGGUCAUGGAGGCCGGGGAGAUCGAGCUCGACGGCAAGGUCUACCAGAUCAAGAGCGUGCGCAACCUCAACGGCCACUCGAUUGCGCCCUACGUCAUUCACGCCGGCAAGUCCGUGCCGAUCGUCAAGGGCGGCGAGGCCACCAAGAUGGAGGAGGGUGAGUUCUACGCGAUCGAGACCUUCGGCUCGACGGGCAAGGGCUACGUGAACGAGGACCUCGAGUGCUCGCACUACAUGAAGAACGCCCACGCUGCUCACGUGCCCCUCAGGAGCCAGAAGUCGAAGGCGCUGCUGGCCAACAUCACGAAGAACUACUCGACGCUGGCCUUCUGCAAGCGCUGGCUCGAUCGCUCGGGCGAGAAGGCCUACGCGCUCGCCCUCAAGAACCUGUGCGACGUGGGCCUCGUCGACGCCUACCCGCCGCUGUGCGACGUCAAGGGCUCCUACGUGGCCCAAUACGAGCACACCAUCGUGCUGCGGCCCACCUGCAAGGAGGUCCUCUCCCGCGGCGAGGACUACUAG